AUGCCCGGAGUGGACCAAGGCAAGGGGAGCCGGUGGGGACCUGCACCUGGGUGGCGCAAGCACAGCUACGCCACGGCCAAGGUGGACAGCAGGGCGAGAGCUAGGAGGGAGGCCCAAAAGGUUGGUAAACAAGGCCCGUACCGUGCAAUCCAUCUCUCUCUCGAUUACCCUAAAAAAAACAAUCCUUCUCUAGCGAUCUAUUUGUCCCGACGCUGUGCAUCCCCGCGGCAGAGGAAUAAUGGCGAGGUAGCUCGGCCGUCUCCUUUCGUUUCUGUUGCUGGGAGUGAAGAUACUGUUUGUAAAUUAACGGACGAGAAGCUGCUUGGAUGGGCUCGGGUGGCGAUGGUAGCGUUGUCUUCUUUGUCGCAUCUGUCCGCCUCUCUUCUUCCAGGUAUUGCAGGCAACCAGUAAUGUCAUAAAAGUGCUCCAAGUAGUCUUUUAUAGUUCCAAAAUUACAGUGAUAAUUUGCUUCAGAUUUCCUGUACCAAUGUUGCGAUAGCAGCAACUUUUCUUAAUCUUUGAGUGCUACUGCUACAACAUAGCAGAUAUUGAGGCUGGCACUGGAUUGAAAAA